UGCAACCAACCGCCAACCAAAAGUUGACAGUUUGCGCCCGUUGCGGAUUUCGAUAUAAUAAUUUGUUUAUUUAUCAAUUCAUUUUCCGAAAGGCCAUUAUUUUUCCUGUAAGAAACUAUUCGUGUACAAGUACGAGCAAUCGCUGCCAUUAUUUUAACUGCCUACAAUUGGAAUAGUAGCGGUUUCAAAUGACUUAUACAUAUUGCGGUUAUCAAAACGAGAACUUAUAAUUUUUGUACAAACAGAUGUGUUGGCAAGCAGCGAAAAAUUGAAUUAUAGUAAACCCAUGUUAAGAUUUUCAUGUAGGAUCUGUUUUAAUCAUUACAUCAACUGCUAACCCUAUCCGCGCGGGCGCGGGCGGCGAGCGCGGCGUGAGCGGCGGCGGCAUGUGGCGCGGCGCGCGCUGGCGGCAGGCGGCGGCGCUGGCGGCGGCCGCGCUGCUGCUGUGGGGCUGGAGCCGCGCCGGCGCCGGGCGCGACGCGGGCGCGCGCGGCGCCGUGCCGGGCCGCGACCUGCCGCUCAUCUUCAUCGGCGGCGUGCCGCGCUCCGGCACCACGCUCAUGCGCGCCAUGCUGGACGCGCACCCCGACGUGCGCUGCGGCCAGGAGACCCGCGUCGUGCCGCGCAUUCUGCAGAUGCGCCAGCAUUGGACUCGUUCCCAGAAGGAGAGCGUGCGCCUCGAGCAAGCGGGCGUAUCUAAAACCGUUUUGGACAAUGCGAUCGCCGCCUUCUGUUUGGAGGUUAUAGUGAGACACGGCGAGCCAGCGAAUCGUCUCUGCAAUAAAGACCCCCUGGUACUCAAGAUGGGCACCUAUGUGCUCGAAUUGUUCCCUAAUGCCAAAUUUCUAUUUAUGGUGCGCGACGGUCGCGCUACCGUCCACUCCAUCAUUACACGAAAGGUGACGAUCACGGGGUUCGACCUGACGAGCUACCGGCAAUGCCUGGGCAAAUGGAACCACGCGGCGGAGCUGAUGUACCAGCAGUGCAAGGCGCUGGGCCCGGAGCGCUGCCUGCUGGUGCGCUACGAGGCGCUGGUGCUGGCGCCGGCCGCCACCAUGCGCCGCGUGCUCGCCUUCCUCGACGUGCCGUGGAACGACGCCGUGCUACACCACGAGCGCUACAUCAACCAGCCCAACGGCGUGGCGCUCUCCAACGUGGAGCGCUCCUCGGACCAGGUGGUGCGGCCGGUGAACCUGGACGCGCUGGACAAGUGGGUGGGGCAGCUGCCCAGCGAUGUCCGGGCCGACAUGGCGGAGCUGGCGCCCAUGCUGUCGGUGCUGGGCUACGACCCGUGGGCCAACCCGCCCGACUACCGCACGCUGCUGGAGCCGCCGGCGCGCGCCGCGCCGCCCGCCGCCCCCGCCGCGCCGCCGAUGUAG